GGGAGGUUUUACUGAAGGAUUGCACCAUGCAUCCAUGACGGAUUCCUUUUGUGGGUAAACCAAGAAACUGUUUGUGCAACAGACCCCAAGACUGCCGGUUACGCUGUCUGGCGUCUAUAAACACUUCGGUUUCGGCGUCUCCUCGACAACCCUGCCCACUGAGAGCCGCAGUUUAGCUACCAUUGCCGGGCGUCUAUCCACUCAGCUGGACUCGUUUCUCUUCAAUGUUGAAGAAUUAGUUGAGAUCUUCUGUUACCGCCUCUGAUAUGCACAACUUGAAGCUUGCGGCGAGACCAUGGCUUCCCACAAUGGUGACAGUGACGCAUUGCGCGAGAUUUCUGGUUCCUCUUCAGCAUCCCCCACCGAAAGAUAUAUCAGCGAAGGUCGUGGCAGCUCAUCGGGAGAGGCGAGCAUACCACGCCCAGGACCGUCCUAUGGUACCAUUGACCGGUCCCCAUUGGCUGUACCGUUAGAAAGCGGGCCGGAGUAUCAAAGCUUUCAAGCGUCAUCAAGCGUCCCUGACUUCUUGCGAGGUCCAGGACUUGACCCUCAAAAUCCCGAACGAACACCUAGAAAACCCCCCACAGUGCGACGUGCGUCGUCUAAACCCUACAGAGGUCAAGAAUUUUCAGUUGAUGACGACGUCUCCGAAUAUGAAGAAGAUAACGCCUUACGGAAAGCAUCUUCAAGGACUCCAGCCAGGCCGUAUGGAACAUUAAGGAGGAGGCUCAACCCGCAGUCACCUGUCAUGCAGCAAGUCGAGUCCGGAGAUGAGGACCAAGCGAACAAUCAGGAUGACAGAGAUGAUUCAGGAUCGCCCGAAAACAACGGCGGUGAUGACAAUGGUGAAGAAGACGAGGGAAGUACUAGUGAUGCCGAAAGCUUUACUCUCAAAGAUCGUCAGCAGGCAAUUAACCAAACCCACCCAUUUGGCAUUAGAAUCUGGAAGCCUGCUCUAUAUAAGAAAUUCCGCUCUGUUCAGAGAACUGCCGAAGGAGACAUCCAUUCUGCGCCUGGAGAAGGGGUAAAUAACUUGCUUUUUAUUGUCAACCUCUUGUGGACAAUUCUUUUCGGGUGGUGGCUAGCUCUAGUUGCCUUGCUUGGCGCGUGCGCCUGCUUUUUGGUAGGUUUUAUGCCCGACGCGGCCGCAUAUGGGAAAGUAUUCUUUGGCCUUUCGGGGUACCUAGUGUACCCUUUCGGGUCUUUUGUCCGUCUUCAGUCCGAUGAAAACUAUGCUGAGGAAGAUGAAGGUGAAGGCCGAAGCAUCAGUGAGUACGAACAGUGGCAAAGUGGGGAUCUAGAACACGGCAGGCUGUUUUUUGGUCCAGUGGGCCGUCGGUCACUAGUUGGUCGCCGAAGAAAUAGCCUGGACUCCUCAGGAGAAUAUGAGAGUCUCCUUGGUCGUCCAGGAAGAGGCCAGCGAUCCGACAGUCCAACUCAUAAGAACAAAAGACGUUUCUUCGGCCGAGGGGAAUGGACCUUGGGAAGAGCCAUAUUCUACAGUUUCUUUUAUUUGCUUGUUGGACCCCUAAUGCUCGUCGUGUCACUCACAUGCUGGAUGCUGGUUUUCUGGAUACCAAUGGGCCGUGUAAUGAUUAUCCUACUGCACCAUCUGCGUCGACAUCCUCUGGCCGUCUCAUUCCACUUGGACAGUACAUACACGAGAUCCCCUACGCACCCACCCUCGUCCAUUCUUCUCUGCACAUAUCGAGCUGCCGGGCUCAAAUACUGGAAAUAUACAGUUGACGGGACGAACAUAUUUUUCAUCAACCUGCUAGGGGUUGUCGUUUUUUCCAUUCUGGAUUAUUGGCUCCUCCACCGGACUCUUCAAAUCGAGGCGUGGGUUACCAACACUGGCCUGAUAUUCAUGCUCGCGCUUCUUUCUAUUAUUCCCUUGGCAUACUUUAUCGGACAGGCCGUAGCAUCGAUUUCUGCCCAGUCAUCAAUGGGUCUUGGUGCGGCUGUAAAUGCCUUCUUCUCAACCGUUGUGGAGGUGUAUCUUUACUGUGUUGCUCUCACCGAAGGAAAAGCCCGGCUUGUGGAAGGUAGCAUUGUCGGCAGCAUCUUCGCCGGAAUUCUCUUUCUCCCAGGACUGUCCAUGUGUUUUGGGGCCAUCAAACGCAAAACUCAGCGAUUUAAUGUCAAAUCAGCUGGUGUUACCUCAACGAUGCUUUUGUUUGCUACUGUUGCUGCAUUUGGUCCGACAUUAUUCUAUCAGAUAUAUGGAAGUCAUGAACUCUACUGCCAUCCAUGCUCAUCACCACGUCUACCAAGUGACAAAGACUGUCGUCGAUGUUAUUUCUCUGAACUCCCUUCCUUUAAGAAUAAGUUCUUCAUCCAAGCAGUGCAACCUUAUUCUUGGUUUGCUGCUACAUUGUUAUUCCUCUGCUAUGUCAUUGGUCUUUGGUUUACCCUGCGCACACAUGCUGCAGUAAUUUGGUCUACUGAACUUGAUGAAAAAAAGGUAUCUCCUCCGCAAGAGCCUCCAGGGGCUCCCCAAAAAACACAUGGUGCUGUUAAUGGCCGACAGCCGCCUCAAGGACACAACACCAAGGGGUCUGUUCGAGACUCCCAGCUCUAUGCUCGCAUCCUGGGACAAUCCCUAAAACAAGUCGGCCUAUCACCCAAGGACGAUGAUGAAGGACUACAGCAACCCAAACAGCAGCCAGCUAGUGAUGGACAAGCCUCUCUUCCUCAUGUCGUACCCCCAAAGAGCAACGAACCCCACUCUCUUAAUCUGAGAUUACCAGGGCUAUCUGAGGAGCAGAAUGAAGUCUUCGUUCGCCAAGUUACCGAAGUAGCAGCGACAGCUGCAACCUUCGCCGCUCGUGAUGCAUCUCGACACCCAAGGAAGGCCUCGGUUACUGCUCAUACUUCCGGACCACAUGGACAUAAGCCCGUUGUUGGCCAGCCUGGCAGUGCCCCUGAAGAUAUCAAUGAAGCUGCAGUUUUCCAUGAGCCACAUCCACCAACCGGUGGGCACGAUGCGCCCAACUGGAGCAAAUUGAAAAGCUCCGUUAUACUUCUCAGUGCUACACUAUUAUAUGCAAUUAUAGCAGAAAUCCUUGUCAAUACGGUUGAUGUGGUUCUUGAAAGCGUUGAUGUAGAUGAAAAGUUCCUUGGGAUUACGCUCUUUUCACUCAUUCCCAACACAACGGAAUUUUUGAACGCUAUUUCUUUCGCUAUGAAUGGCAAUAUCGCUCUCUCAAUGGAAAUCGGCUCCGCAUACGCCCUUCAAGUCUGCCUUUUACAGAUCCCCGCUCUCGUCUUAUUCAGCGCUAUCCACACCCGAUUCUAUGUUGAUCCGUCUGAGCUCCUCAGCCAUAGUUUUAAUCUAAUUUUCCCGCAAUGGGACAUGAUUACCGUGAUUCUUUGCGUUUUCCUGCUUUCGUAUGUUUACGGCGAAGGAAAAAGCAAUUAUUUCAAAGGCUCUAUUUUACUGCUUACGUAUCUGUUUGUAAUUAUGGGGUUCUUCUUGACAAGGUAUAAUACCAUGGAAGCCAACGGUGUUGAUCGGUUCGAUACCUUGGCUUUGGGGAGAGGGGCUGUACUACUUACCUCUCCGGGAAGUAAAGGAAUGUGAGCUUUGCGUAUCACAGAGGGCAAGCGGAUGAUAUGAUGGUGACAUUGGUGAGGAUAAGUUGUGUAGGGUGAACGUCUUGCUGCGGCGUGCUGACCGAGGCACUCUGUAUAUCUUUUGAGAAGGUUACCUUAAGACAAGGUGAUGCACAUGACCUUUUUUUUUUUUUUUUGGUGGGGGGGUUUACUAUGGUCAUAUCCAAAGGGGCUUGUUCUGUAUGAUAGCUAAUUUUUACUUUUAAGAGUCCGGUCUCAACAAAGACUUUUGGCGUUCAUUUUCUA